CAAAUGAAGUUGACUCUCCACGUUUGCGCUAGACAAUGCGCCUCCCAGUCUGUCCAGUGGAGUUAAUUCACCGCAGCCUCUGCUCUUUGCUCUUUGCUCUUUUCUCUCUGCUUUCUCCUCGCGUCGUGUUCUUUGUGUUUGUCUUUCAACAGCUCUCACACACUCUCUUCCCCUCCCCUCUCCAUCUCUUCUUGUGUUAUUCCCUCUCGCCUUCACGCCACACGGUCUGCUCGAGUAUGAGCCGUCCACGCUGAACCCACUGCGACGACCAAGAUGAGAUCCGUACACCAGAACCUCAAGCUGUUUCGCAGCUGCGCAUCAAUAUGGAACCGUCUGCGGUCGUCGCCUAUUGAUUUCUUCGACGCCUUUUGGAACUGGACCCGUCGCUUCUUCUUCGCACUGGGCUUCCUUGCCCUCUUCAGCGCCAAAACACUGCAUCUCUACGCACACUUACACUCCUUGCCCGCCCACAAAUUCUUCCUCUGGGGCUUCACCUUUUACACGCAAGAUGUCGCCUUUACGUUCUUCAUUCGGAUCCUCACGCAAAAGUUCCCCUGGCGCUGGUUGGACGCCGUUGGGGCCGUUUUGGUUAUCCCGUUCAGUCUUAUAAUGUCCGGCAUGGCCUCUGCGAACAUUUCCUUCUACUUCACCGCCGGCGCCGAGAUCAACUGGCGGCAGGCCAAGUCGUUUCACCGCGAUGCUGCGGCUAUCCGCACCCUCCUCACCGGCCUAACCGGAUUCCUCAUCGUGCAAGCAAUUCUCGCCGCAAUUGCUUGGGUCUUUGCUCCUUUCUUCCACCGCGUUGUUGGCGGUAUUCUCCACGUUCUUGCCGAGCCGUUCAAGCUCGUGUUUCGGCCAAUUUGCUCGCGUGUGUCGACAUACGUCCGAAAUAUCCGCCAGCGAUACCAGCCUCUGCCGGACCCUGAGAUCUACGAACGUAUGGCCGUUAAUGAUUACGAGGAUUAUAAGAGCGAUGAUGAGGAGGAUUUUUUGCUCAACACCGCGGAGCGCCAGCCGCUGCCCCAGAAGCGUUUACCUGUCGGCCGACGAGUUGCGGUCUGGCUCCCGCUAUUCCUCCUCGCGGCCUUUCGCAUCGCGCGCCCGCCGUAUCCGUCGUACAUUUUCCUCUCUGGCGCGCUGCCAUUGACUCCCUUUGCUGGAAUGCACCGUGCGACACUCGGCGAACAGGCGGGUUUUAUUCCGGAUUACGUCUGGCUCGAGGGACAAACUGCGCUUACGAAGCCGCCGGCGUGGGAUUGGUUGCCGGAGGAGACGCUGCCUGGUUUCGAGGACUGGAAGGGGAAUCGCCAGCACUAUUCCCCGUCGAGAGAUCCGCUGCAUCUGUCGAACCUCCAGGAGCCGGUGCUCGAGUCGUUGCGCGAGACGUUGGAGAGCGGCGACGUGAAUAUCAAGCAUGUUAUUCUCCUCAAGCUCGAGAGUACCCGCGGCGAUGUCUUUCCGCUGCGCAAUGGCUCGUUCAUGUGGAAUAAAAUAGUCGAUUCAUUUGACGGGAAUGAGAUGCCGGAGAGUGCGAUCAAAACCGUCGCCAACCUUACCCGCACCGCCGAAUUCUUGACCGGUUUUGAUUCCGGCUUCGACCAGUACCGCGAGGGCGAGAGAAAGUCGUACGGCGGCAUCAGCGCUAGCAACGCGUUCACUACGGGCACAUACACGAUCAAGAGUUUGGCUGGGACAGUUUGCGGUAUUACUCCGCUCGUUGCUGACUUUAACCGCGAGUACAAGUACCACAUCUACCAGCCGUGCAUGCCGCACAUCGUCAACGCGCUCAGCCAUCAAACGGACAUCACCGAGGAAGAGGACUACCGCACCUGGCCGUGGCACUCGGUCUGGAUGCAAUCUGUGACAGACACGUACGAUCACCAGAACAAACUGACGCCAAAGAUGGGAUUCGAGGACAUUUACACGAAAGAGCGCAUCGAGAAGCCCGAUGCAAAGCACUACCCGCUCAAAAAUAAAGAGGUCAACUACUACGGCUAUCCGGAUACGGAACUGGCAGACUACCUCCGCGACGCGAUCGACGAGGCCGAGGAGAACCAUUCCCGGCUCUUCUUGACACAUCUGACGGGAACGACGCACCAUCCGUGGGGGAUGCCGAACGACGAGUACGAGAACAUCCUUGGGCCGUCGUUCAAGGGCAAGAACAACGAUCUGAAUAAAUACCUGAACACGAUCGGCUUCGGCGACCGCUGGAUCCGCCAGAUCAUGGAUAUCCUCGAGGAAAAGGGCGUCGCGAACGAGACGCUGCUCGUCAUGGCCGGCGACCACGGCCUCUCGCUCCCCAACGACGGCGGCAUCACCCCAUACAACAACCCGCACAUUGGCAGUUUCCACGUUCCUAUCGUGCUGGCGCAUCCGCACCUUCCCGCGGUUGAAGUAAAAGACCCCGUCAUUUCAAUGCAAAUCGUCCCGACGAUCCUCGAUCUCCUCAUUGAAUCCUCCUCGCUCGGCCCCAACACCACAAAAGCCGCCCGCGACAUCCGCGGGAUCUACGAGGGCCAGUCGCUUAUCCGCCCGCUGUACCAAGAAGCCAACGGGAUGGAGGACUGGCAGUUUAGUGUGAUGAACACAGGCGGGUCGUGGCUUGCCGUGCGGUCGGCAGCGAAGCCCGCGUGGCGCAUCGUUAUCCCGCUCAUCGACGACGUCGAGUGGCGGUUCAGUGAUAUCGAAAAGGACCCGCAGGAAAAGGACACGAUUACGAGUUUCAGCUUCUACGAUCUGACCGACGCGCUCUGGCAUCGGUAUGGCGAGAAGAAGGGGCGCCAUGGUCACGACGACGACGAAGAAGACGAGGACGAUGAGAAACACGACCGACGAACCGCGCAUGCUCUUUUCCAUCACCCGCCUCCUCCCCCGGGUCCGAUCUCCCGUCACCCGCCAGGUCCGCCGCCUCCACCCGGCCAUCCAGAGCAUCGCCCCCCGCCGCCUCCUCACCCUCCGAUCACCAUCUCGCCUGGUCGUCCUCGCCCGGAGGAUCGGCCGUGGGAGCCCGAGGUCGUUCGCUGGGCGCGCGACGCGGCGCACAUGGCUGAGUGGUGGAUUGCGGAUAAUUGGCGGCGAUACGAGUACAAGAAGCGAUAAACGAGAACAAGGACUCGUCGCCGAGGAAGAGAUUUCCUUUCUUGCAUAUUCGACUUGAACCUUGAACACUUUAAUUGAAAAUAAGUGAUCUGCCUGGGUAUGAUCAUAUCCUCGAUUUCCUAUCUCCCUCACCACUUGAACAACAAAACAACAUCACCUCAUCACCUUACCACCCACCCACUCGGUAUCUCACUAUAUGUCCGUGUAUUUUACGAUCAACGAUCGAUUUUUCUUUUGACUUGUUUUGGGAUGGAUUGGACUUGAUUUUGUUGCAUAUCACAUCACUCGCAAUCAGCAUGGCGGCGUUUGUACAUACAGUCGAAUCUCGAGGUUUCUUUCUGGUUGUCGCUACCGCUGUCUCUGUCUAUGUCUGGGUCGGACUGAAUUGAAUUUAUCGCAUCAACUUGACCUUGCGUCCCAUCUCUUCGUAAUCAAUCAAAGGUUCUCCGGGUAAAUAGCCCACUGCAACCUUGCCAAGUAGUCCUUGAUGAUCUCUCUGCAAGUGAGUGUGCAGUAAUCCCCCG